AAUCCAGUGUUUAUUGCGUCAUCAGUGCGGGCCGCGGAACCAGCCAGCGAGUGACUAGUCCGUCCCUUGACACAGCGAACAGAUUUGACCAUAUUUCAUCAAAAAUAGCGAUAAAGGCAACGAGCGGCGGCAGCGUGGAUGUUUGUGUGAGGUGUGUGUUUUGUCUCUGAGGUCCAGCAGUGAGGUCGGUUGCCAUGGCGUCUCCAGGAGGACAAGGAGGAGCUCUGUCGACGAGAGGGGGCGGCGGCACCUCCCGGAGGAUGAAGUGGGCUCUGGAACUGAGUUUAGGAAGCACAAGGAGUCGCAGCGAGCGCCAGGGUGGUCAGGGAGACGUCGUUUAUCCCAUCGGCUACUCGGAGAAACCCGUCCCUGACACCAGCAUCCAGGAGACGGACAAGAACCUGGUGGAGAAGCGGUGUUGGGACGUGGCCCUCGGGCCCCUGAAGCAGAUUCCCAUGAACCUGUUCAUCAUGUACAUGUCGGGCAACACCAUCUCCAUCUUCCCCAUCAUGAUGGUCUGCAUGAUGGCCUGGAGACCCAUCCAGGCUCUCAUGUCCAUGUCAGCCACUUUCAAACUCUUGGAAAGCUCCAGUCAGCAGUGGCUCCAGGGCCUCGUCUACCUGGUGGGGAACCUGCUGGGCUCCGCGUUGGCCAUUUACAAGUGUCAGUCCAUGGGUCUGCUCCCGACGCACUCGUCCGAUUGGCUGGCCUUCAUAGAACCACCUCAGAGGAUGGAGUUCAUGGGCGGAGGGAUGGUGUUGUGAAGACAGGAGGAGACGUGUCCAUGCAACGUGAAGAAGGAUUCAAAUAUUUCCAGAGGUUUAUAAACAAUACUGCUCAUUUUUCCCACCUGCUUUGACGCCGCAGCCGUCUGUACUUCCAUCACUUAAAAUGGCUGCCGUUAAAAAAAACACCCCACUGUCCAUUUAUGGUGCGUUCCAGUUGUCGUCGGAAGUCGGGAGUUUCCCCCGAGUUGCUACUUUUACUGUUAAUUGCACUUUUGUCCCGUUUGUUUCGUGUUAAAUCAUCGUCGUAAACACAACACGGUAUGAUUUUUUUUUUUCUUAAAUCCGAGGACUUGAUGCUACUGUUUGUGAUGGGUGAAGGUGUCGUCACUCUUUCCGACUUCCGGUGUGAACGGAACGUACCACUACAUCACAUGCACAAACACGGCAACGGGAGAUUAUUUACGAGGUUUUUCUUAAAAACAUAAUACAGAUUUCUAUCACACUCUGAGGCUUCAAUAUAAGCAGACACAAACACAACAUCGAAUCAGAUUUUUGUUUCAUUUUUCUUUAUAAACCCCUCUCGUUUCUCAGUUUACGGUGAAACGAUUCACCUUUAUUUUCAGCCUGUUUAGUCUCUACGAUAUUUACUAACCUGUUUUAACUUAUAGGUCUGUUCUAAUUUAUACUGAUCUGCUCAUUGAAGAUGUUCUAUGAAAUAAAAAAUCCUUAUUGACCCAA